UUCGAAAUGGCAUUUCGUAAUCGCUCAAACCCGCUGCCUUUCUCCCCCUGAGAGAGAAGUUUCUCUGGCCCCUCUCUCUGUCUUUCUGGAUGAAGUUCACCAACAAAACAAAUCCCAAUUGCUUUUCUUUCAAUUUAUCAUCUAUCUGGCAACUUUUUGAUUUUCUUUUUAAUAGAGGGUUGGUUUUAAGCGCUGAAUUAUUAAUUUUUUCAAGUUUUAAUUAGGGUUUCGGGACAAAAUUUCUUCUGGAUACCAUGUACAAAUUAAGGGAGAUGAUCGGACAUUUAAGCGCUAAAUCAUAAAAUUUAGAAUUUUAGUUAGGUCUUCUUCUUCUUCUUCUUCUUCUGGGUAUUGUUGAGUUAUAAUAGGUGAAAUUUUAGCGAGGGUUUUGGAAACAUUUUCUUGCGUUUAGGAAUGGAGGGGCAUGAUCGGACAUUUAGGCUUAAUUUUACGAGCGAAGGAGUGGUGAAGCUUCGUGAGCAAGUCACCCAGAAACUCAAGGAGUUCAUGGGCGACUACACCGAUGACACUCUUGUGGAGUAUGUUAUAGUCUUGCUAAAAAAUGGAAGGCGUAAGGAUGAAGCAAAAAAUGAGUUGAAUGUCUUUUUGGGAGACGACAGCGACUCUUUUGUAUCAUGGCUGUGGGAUCAUUUGGGAUCAAAUCUUGAUUUAUAUGUGCAUCCGCUGGAACCUCAUCCAAAUAUAGUCCCCAAAAUAAAAUCCACAAUUGGGGAGCAGGUUGGGAGAAAUGAAUUGCAUCAGAUCAAGACUGCAGGCGAGAAUGAAAAUGAUAGUAAGACACCUAGAAAUCGUCACAAUCGGGAGGGGAAAAGGUCGAGGAAUGAAGAUCAAGUCCCCGCUCUUAGAAGCUCUGUGGUAACCAGCAUUAAUACUGAUGAUGAACGUCAACAGGAACGUCAUCAGACAAAACAAUCACUUUCUCCACGGCCCAAAAUUCAGAAAAAAAGAAGAUUACCUGAGGAGAGACAACUGAAAAAGGACGAUGUUUCUCAGGCAUCCAGUGAUGCACCACGGAGGCUACUGCAAUUUGCAGUAAGAGAUGCUGUUGCUACUUCUAGGCCUUCCAAUUCAACUUCUGAGCCAUCCCUUAAACGUCUCCGAUCAGUGGUUUCUACAUCGACAGGGGAAUCAUCCCUUGAAGCAGGUCCUCAGAGAAUUCAAUCUGUAACAGGUGUGCGCACUGCCAUGUCCACUGCUAUUAAAGCUGUCGCUGAUGCUGCGAAAGAUGUGAGCAAAGUUAGAUCCUCGGGCAAUGUGUUCGAUAGGCUUGGUCGUGCUACUGAUGUUUUGGAUGCCUCAGACCAUGUAAAAGAGUAUGCGGAAGGCGCUACUGAAAAUGGAGAAGGUGGAGCUUUUAUGGAGGACAUUCAUUCAGCUUAUCUUCAUAGAAAUGACUUUUCUAGACCGUAUGAAGGAAAUGUGUCGUCCUUCCAAAGGGAGAGAGUUAUCACUUCUGAUUCAGCAUAUAGUUGUAAAGGUUAUAAUAAUGAGAAAAUGAUGGAUAUAUCUCGGCCAGGCUAUUCUCGUGGAAAUAGGGGUGAUCAUUCUUUAAUUGGUCAUUGUGGUGAUAGUAAUGAUGCUGAUGAAAUAGUGGGUAGACCAUGUAAAGAUCAGGUUGAACCUGAAACCAUGCCCAAUACGGCUCAUAAAAUUGUUACUUCAUCUGUACAAACAAAUCUCUGGAAACCUCCUAACUAUCAGGAGGUAAGGGAGGUAGCAGAAAUUGAUAGUCGGAAAGGAAAAAGAGAGAGUAAUACUGUGGCCACUAAUUCUGGCGUGCAGAUGCAGUUGAAGGAGAACAACAAUCUGACAGUUUCUGUUACUGGAAAUGUGAAAGUCAAUACAGAUCUGCAAAAGGAAUCACUAAAUAAUCAGACUGCAGCACCUGGUUUAAAUUCUAGUGGCGCACCCCGGGAAGAUGCUGAUUCUCGAACCAUAUUUGUUAGCAAUGUACUUGCUCAUGUACAUUUUGCUGCCACUAAGGAUAGCCUUUUGCGGCACUUUAACAAGUUUGGAGAAGUCCUAAAGGCGGUUAUUUUGACUGAUCCAGCUACAGGGCAACCAAAAGGGUCAGCUUAUAUUGAGUUCAUGAAGAAAGAAUCAGCUGAGCUUGCUCUAUCUUUGGAUGGCACCUCCUUUAUGUCACGGAUUGUGAAGAUUGUAAUGAAAAGCUCUGCCCAACCUGAAACUGCAUCAGUCCCGACAUGGCCUCGUAUUAGUCGAGCAUCCCCAUUUCCAAUUUCUAGAUUUAGCAGAGUUCCUUUUGCAAGAGGCAUUCCCAAUGUAUACAGGGCUCGUGUACCAAUCAAGCCAGGUGCAAGGAGUUUUCAGUGGAAGCGAGAUGCUCCGUCUACUGCAACUGAGAUGUUGGGUCAAAAUGCGAAUAGUGCUAUUCCAUCACCCACUACUCGAAGCCUAACGUAUGUUCGAACUGAACCUAAAACAAACGGAGCUUCUGGCAUUGCUUAGUUUGGCGAAUUAUAUUUUGGAAUGUGAAUUCGGGAAAUAUUGAAUUUCGUUAAGAGGGUUCAAAUCCUAUAAUCAACUUUAUCAGUGACAGAAUUGGCUAUUUUGGUUGGUCAGAGACAUCAGCCAUGUCUGGAGAUAUGGGUAAGUGGAUUAAAGUUGAAAGAUAAUCCCCUUUCUUCCGGCUUUUAUCUUCAGUAAGAGUUUAUAUUGGAGUGGUCUUAUUUAGUUUUUGGAUGUUGCUAAAGCUUAAAAAGCAAUCAUUGCUAGAUACAUUUUGUAAAUUUGAAACAGAUGUUUAUAUUUCUGUAUUGUUUUUGUGUUCCAUAAAAUUUAAAAACUAAACAAGGGGAAAGAACAGAGCAGCGUUGAACUGCAUUAUUGUUUUGCCUAUUA